CGCUUUCCCCUUCCUCCGCUUUUACAGGGCGAAGCUCUCCUUUCCCGUGGAAGGAAAGGUGAAGAAGAAAAGAUUAAAAUAUAUAUAUAUAUAUAUCAUUCCAAGUAAAACCGUCCUUUCAAAGAUUCUAUGAAAUCCAGCCCAAUAUCUCCCCUUUCCCCAUUUUGCCACCAAAUCUGUCCCAAAAUUCCUCCGAUUCCUGGGUUCCUGAUUCGAAAUGCUGUCCCUUCUUCGCUGGAUUCUUGAAUUCGAGCUCGAAUCCCGGCCUCGAAGAUGGGGGAAUUGAUCCGGAAUUAGGGAUUCUGAGGGAACCUUUGUGGUUGUUCCGGGAUCUCAGUAACAUGCGGUCGCUUCUUCCAGGAUGCGCGUCCCCGAAGGUGCUGAAGGAUGGCAGGAGCAACGGCACCGGCAGGACGCAUCUCUAUUUGAACGUCUACGAUCUUACCCCCAUGAACAAUUAUCUAUAUCUAUUCGGCCUCGGGGUCUUCCACUCUGGGAUUCAGGUACAUGGUAUGGAGUAUGGAUUUGGAGCACAUGAGUACCCAACUAGUGGAGUGUUUGAGGUGGAACCAAAAUGCUGUCCUGGUUUUGUCUUCCGGCGUUCUGUGUGGCUGGGCACCACUGACAUGUCUCGUUCAGAGUUCCGCAUGUUUAUCGAAGACCUUGCUGGGAAAUAUCAUGGCGACACCUACCAUUUGUUCAUCAAGAACUGCAAUCAUUUCACAGACGAUGUGUGUAUGCAUUUGACUGGAAAACCAAUUCCAGGAUGGGUAAAUCGGCUUGCAAGAUUAGUUUCAGGUUCUUUCUGCAACUGUCUUCUACCAGAAAGUAUUCAGGUUAAAGCAGUUGGAAAUUUACCAGCUCAACCAGCACUCUCUGAAGAUGAGUUGGUGUCAGUUACUUCAUCAAUUGUGGAGGAGAGUGAUGAGGAAGAUCCAGAUCAUCAACUACUACUGACACCAAACGACGACCCAGCACAUUUAAGAGAGAAACAGUUGAGGCUUGUUAAAGAUGUUCAGUGAAUUUUUCCUCUCCCCUCUUUGUCAUCUGUGUUCUCUUCAAUGGUGCCUACUGAUUCACUUGUAUAAUUAUAUCGGCUCCUUAACCCUUGUCUGCGUGUCUCAUUACCCAAGCCUUACUCCUCCAAAUGGCCGACAUUUGCGGUAUUGUAUUGUCAAAUAUUUUAUUCUUUUCCAAAAUUUGAAGCAGACAUUAUUGCCUGGUUUCCUUUAUUUAUAGAGUGAAGAUCAAACUGUGCAUAAAUUCUCUGAAGCAUAUGUAUGUUUUUUGGUUAUUGGAUCUUUUCCUUUUUUU